UCUAAACUAACGCUAGAAAUGCGAAAACGUCUGUUAUAUAUGCAUCUACAAAUUUAUGAUGUAAAGGAAUAUUUUUGAGAUAAGUAAGGCCAAGCCGAAAACCAUAUAAGUUGUUAGCUGGCUAUUUUAGCUUGACAAUAAUGCCAGUAAAGCCCCAAAUGCGAUGUUUAAACAUUUAGCGUUCUGCACUUAUAGGCAAUAAACCUGCUAAAAUGAUCCAAGAGCAGCUUUUGUAGUCGGAAAUUCCAACGUUUGAACAAGACCGUAAAUGCAGAACUGAUCCAAAAUCAGCCAUCUCGGCGCCGGAUGUCGUUAUGUGCAGAAGACAAGUGCCGUUUUCGGGAGCGAUUUCUACAGGAAAUACCUUCCGCUGUAGAGAGCAAUUGUGAAGGGCUGCCAUUUUACCGACCUUACGCAGUGCCAAUGAAUAAUGGGGAUCAAUGUAAUCCAGCUCACCUCUAAAUACCACCAUGAAAACCUCUUGGCCUCGCUGCAUCAGCUUAGGCUGCAGGGGCAGCUGAGUGACGUUACAGUGCAGGUAGACUACCAUGGAGAUGUGCAGGAGUUUCGGGCCCACCAGGUGAUGCUUGCAGCAUCCAGUGGCUACUUCAAGAAGAUCCUUCUCUCUCAGGAUGCUCCCCAAGACAAAUUGUUACUCUCAGAUAUGCACUAUAAUUAUUUCUCCAAGUUUUUGGAAUUUGUCUAUACUGGUAAAGUUGAAGUUGCCAGAGACAAGAUUGCUGAUGUUCUGGCAACGGCACAGUUUUUGGAUUGUGAAGAUCUGGCAGAGGUUUGUGGUCAGGCAAUGAGUGCCGGAAUCCUACAAAACCCUGCAAAGAAAAUAUGUGCCCAAGAGGCUGUUGAUAAAGUUGAAUUACAUGGUAGCAAGAAGGAAAAAGGGAUCAAAAGGAAGAAGCACCCUAAAAGCACACUUCUUAGGCUCUCUCCCCAGAGCUCUGAGGAAGAAGUCGCUUCUAAAAGAUGUAAGAUUAAAAAAACAGUGACGGAUGAAAAAAGACACGGAAAAAAGCUCAAACUUAGUGUGGCUGGGCGUAAAGUCCUUCAGAGGCGUUUAAAUACUAAAGGAGAGGACUUCAGUGAUGAAAACCAAGCCAGCAAUGAAGAGGCAGAGGAGUGUGAGGACAGGACUGAGGCUCAGCCACCGAAUCAGGUGGACAAAGGAGACAAGUUGGGAGUGCCAGUGUCUGAUGUGAAUGACUCAGUAUGUGAGGAAGAUGAGCAGAGCAAUGAUGCCGAUGACCCCUCGUUGCUAUCUCCUGUGGAGGAAGAGGAGGAGGAGGAGGAGGAGGAAGAGACAGGGGGACAGUCCAAGGAGACAAUAAAAAGAACAUCCAGGGCACAGUUUCAGUGUAAUAAGUGCCAGAGGACCUUCCACUAUGAGAGAAGCUACUUGAAACACAUCAGUACGUAUCAUGGAGUGAAAGCAGAUGUCGUCUAUCGCUGUGAGACCUGCCUGCAAACCUUCGCUAACCGCAGCAACCUGAAGAUCCAUGAAAAGCACGUCCACAGCACUGAGAGGCUUUUCUCCUGCGAGUCCUGCACAAAGACCUUCAAACGUAAGAAGGACGUUGUCCGCCAUCAAAGACAGGUACAUGAGCGCGACAAUCUGCGACAUGUCUGCCCUGAGUGCGGAAAGGCACUCAGCUCCAAAACUGCCCUGUUGUUGCAUGAGAGGACACACACCGGUGCGAAGCCAUUCGAGUGCACCGACUGUGGUGCCAAAUUUACCCAGAACUCUGCUCUCAAGAUGCACCGCAGGACUCAUACAGGAGAGAAGCCUUUUGCAUGUGAUGAAUGUGAUGCCCGGUUCACUCAGAAGCACAUGCUGGCCUAUCAUAAGCGAUCGCACACAGGGGAGAAGCCGUUCAUGUGUGAGGCUUGUGGAAAAAGCUUUGCAUCUAAAGAAUACCUGAGACACCACUCGAACAUCCACACCGGGUCCAGGCCAUACAAGUGUGAACAGUGCGGUCGAGGCUUUGCUCAGAGAAAUUCCCUCCACCAGCAUUUAAAGAUACACACAGGUGAGCGUCCGUACAGCUGUAAAGACUGUGACAAGCAGUUCACCCAGCUCAACGCCCUGCAGAGGCACCAGCGCAUUCACACAGGAGAGAAGCCCUACAUGUGUGGUCUUUGCAGACGCACUUUUACAGACAAGUCCACCCUUCGCAGGCACACUAUGAUUCAUGACUCAGAUGCUCCCUGGAAAACCUACCUUGUGGUGCUAGAAGGAAAUGUGGAGGACAAGAAACCCAAAGCCCCCCCUAAAGGAAAGACAGAAAAAGCAGGAGCAGGCGAGAAAAAGAGUGCCACUAGAAGAAGUGGUGGUAGUGGUACUGGUGGUGCUAGCACUGGUGCAGCUGGCAGUCCUGAUAAAACACACACAGACUCGAUUGUGGUGCCAGCUGAGCAAGUCACCCUCCCAUCUGAGUGGACCACUCAUGGAACUAUUGCUCUGGUAAGCCACGGGGCCGUCAGUGGGAUCACUGUCAUCCACACUGAGGUGCCACAUGGGACCCAGAUCCAGCCCAUUGUGACCACAGAUGGAACAGGGGCCAGUGUCAUUUCCUUAGAUGGAUCAGCCAUCCCUGUCCCGUUUUCUAUACCAGUGUCCAUGGCUCACCCUGUGCCCUUGUCCUCUGAAGCCUCCACCAUCUCUCUAUCUGUACCCACUCUGUCAGUUCCUGUCUCUGAUGGCACGUUGGAGUCAGUCUCAGAGAUCUCAACUGUCUCUACGUCAUCUGUCCUGGAAGCUGCUGCUUCACAAACCAUUUUGGCUCCAGUUUCAGACACUAAAGCCACUUCCGAGGAUAUUUCGCAGCCUGAUAUUCAGACUGUGGUUGUCACUGAUGAGGUUCGUAGAAAAGAAAAAACAGCUGCUGGGCAGCAGAGGACAGCAAAUGACCCAUUAGCUGAACCUAAAGGAGUCCCAGCUCAAGAUGCUGUGUAGAAAAUGCAUGUACAUAGAAAUAUUUUUCUUUGGCUAUAGGGAGUUGAAAAUCCCAUUCCACAAUGUUAUUUUAUUUUGGCAUUGGCAGAGUCUGAAUUUGUGUUUUGACCAUGUGGUGUUCCAUGAUUCUGAUCUUCAAGUCCAGUGUAUGAGCACACCUGAUAUGAUUUUCAGUGACUGUCAAAGUUAUUUGGAAUGUCAAAGUCUUCAUUAAAAAUCACAAUAACCUG